AUGGAGAUGAACAUUACCAGAUGUACAAUGAACAACACAAACUUCACUCAGGAGGAUUGCGGCCACAAACAAGCAGUUCUUGGUCCGAAGUAUCACCAUCAGGUGCGGGUCUAUAUUCUCGUGGCUAUGAUUGUCCUCUCCUUACUGGGCAACAUAGCUAUGUGUCUGCACAUCAAGGGUAAGUGGCAUCAUAGGACUGCCAUUCACGUUCUCUUUCUGAACCUUGCUGUUGCUGACAUUCUUGUAACUUUGAUCACCAUGUGUUCCCAACUGGUGUGGGAAUUCAUGGAUAGAGAGUGGAUUGCUGGAGAGGUCUUCUGCCGGAUCUUUAAAGUUUUCCAAACGUUCACAAUGGUUUCUUCAAACUAUAUUCUCUUGGCUAUUGCUUUAGAUCGACAUACCGUCAUAGUGUACCCUUUGUUCCGUAACACGCGCACCAAAGCUUUGAUCACGUGCGCCUGGGCGCUAUCUCUAUUGCCAUCCUUGCCCAAUGCCUACAUUUUCCAGACCGUCACCUUGUCUGAUGGUAAAGCAUUUUGCGUUGCAAAGUUUUACACGUCUUCUCUCUCUCUUGCUCAUCGACAAGUUUACAUGGCUUUGAUUCUUCUGGUAGUUUUUAUCAUUCCUAUCCUGAUGGUUAUCGUACUGUAUGCCCGCAUUAUGUAUACAAUGUUGACAAGAACUGGAAAACUUACCCGGUUUCAUUCCAGAAAAUCGCGUCUUAUUGGUUCGGAAGGGGCUGGAAAUGCAACUCAAACUCAAACUGUGGAUACAUCAACCUCACAGAUUUCAAAGGCAAAAGUAAAAACGUUGAAGAUGACUUUGACUAUAGUUUCAACAUUCUUAACAACAUGUACACCGUAUCUGAUUCAAGAAAUUAUAAUCGCUUUUGGAAACCCUGCUAUUCUGAAUCAGAACCUUGUAGCUUUUUCUGGAAUCUUCUCGGCUAGUAACAGUGCUUUAAACCCAUACAUCUAUUUUUUGUUUAAUUCUAAGACUCCUCUCGUUAAAAAAAUAGCAAACAGUACUUGUAGUUGUUGUCUGCCAGUUCCAACAAAAUCGGUUAACGAAACCGAAAACACAAGCCAAGUGUAA